AUGAACGGCUCGCAGGUGGGCGCUUUGGCCCCGGCCGCCUGGUUGACCUGCUGCAACCAGUCAGGGGCGUCGCUGGAGCUCCCUGGGGGCCGGCGCACGGUGCAGGCAGCGGUGCUGGGCGUGCUGUCACUGCUGGUGCUCUGCGGGGUCUUGUUCCUGGCCGGCGGGCUGCUCCUCCGCGCGCAGGGCCUAGCGGCGCUGCUGGCCCACGAGCGCCGGGCGUCCUGCGACUCCGAGCCCAGCGGCAACAGCGGGGGCAGCGACGACUCCUCCUAG